CCGCACUAUUUGCGCAAUCCCUUCUUCUCCGUGAGCAGGAGAGGAGGAGUUAAGCGACUCUCUAUUCGGACCUCAGACCGAGCGUCUCUCUCUCCUGCACACCAACUUGGAGGUGCAAGUCUGUCCCUCUCCUUCAUCUACUUCAUCUCGACAUCGGUCUUGGCUGUGACCCAUCACUACAGUCAUGGCACCCAAAAAGAACAAGGCCGCUAAGAAGAACAAAGCUGACAUCAAUGAGAUGACAAUUAUGGUAGAGGACAGUCCCACCAACAAAAUCAAUGGGCUCAACACUCUCCUGGAAGGUGGAAAUGGCUUUAGUUGUAUCUCAACGGAGGUCACUGACCCUGCCUAUGCACCCAAUCUCUUGGAGGGUCUUAGCCACAUGAGACAAGACAGCUUUCUCUGUGAUUUGACUGUAGCAACCAAGUCUAAAUCCUUUGACGUUCACAAAGUGGCGAUGGCCUCCUGCAGUGAGUACAUCCAAAACAUGCUCAGAAAGGAUCCAUCCCUCAAGAAGAUUGAGCUAAGUGAUCUGUCCCCAGUUGGUCUGGCUACAGUCAUCACAUAUGCUUAUUCUGGAAAACUGACCUUGUCUUUGUACACUAUUGGUAGCACAAUAUCAGCGGCCAUGCUGUUGCAGAUCCAUUCUCUGGUAAAGAUGUGCAGUGAUUUCUUGAUGCGGGAGAUUAGUGUGGAGAAUUGCAUGUAUGUUGUCAACAUCGCAGACACGUACAACCUGAAAGAGACGAAAGAGGCUGCUCAGAAAUUCAUGCGGGAGAACUUCAUCGAGUUCUCCGAAAUGGAACAGUUCCUAAAGCUGACCUACGAGCAGAUCAGCGAAUUUCUCACGGAUGACUCUCUCCAGUUGCCCUCUGAGCUCACUGCUUUCCAGAUUGCGAUGAAGUGGUUAGACUUCGACGAGAAGAGGUUGAAGUACGCUCCCGAUCUGCUGUCUAACAUUCGCUUUGGAACCAUCUUACCACAGGAUCUUGUGAGCCACGUGCAGAUCGUUCCCAGGAUGAUGCAAGAUUCUGAGUGCCACCGUCUGUUGGUCGAUGCCAUGAAUUACCACCUGCUGCCAUUCCAGCAGAACAUCCUGCAAUCCAGAAGAACCAAGGUCCGUGGAGGCCAACGAGUGCUGCUCACUGUGGGAGGCCGGCCUGCCCUAACCGAAAAAUCUCUCAGCAAGGACAUUCUCUACAGGGAUGAUGACAGUGUCUGGAACAAGUUGACGGAGAUGCCCGCGAAGAGCUUCAAUCAGUGUGUUGCUGUUUUGGACGGCUUCCUUUAUGUGGCUGGUGGUGAAGACCAGAAUGAUGCUAGGAACCAAGCAAAACAUGCCGUCAGCAAUUUCAUCAGAUAUGACCCCCGAUUCAACACGUGGAUCCACUUGGCAAACAUGAUUCAAAAGCGCACUCAUUUCAGCCUUAACACUUUCAACGGAAUCCUGUUCGCCGUAGGGGGACGUAAUUCUGACGGCUGCCAGGCAUCUGUCGAGUGCUACGUCCCAUCCUCUAACCAAUGGCAAAUGAAAGCAGCAAUGGAAGUGCCUAGAUGUUGCCACGCUAGCGCAGUUAUUGAUGGCAAGAUCUUGGUUAGCGGUGGUUACAUUAACAACGCUUACUCUCGCUCUGUAUGUUCUUACGACCCAUCCACCGAUAGCUGGCAGGAUAAAAACAGCCUGAGCACUCCGAGAGGAUGGCACUGUUCAGUGAGCGUCGGAGAUCGCGCCUACGUUCUCGGCGGCAGUCAACUGGGCGGUCGUGGCGAAAGGGUCGAUGUCUUGCCAGUCGAAUGUUACAACCCUCACUCCGGCCAGUGGAGCUAUGUUGCCCCCUUGCUCGCAGGAGUGAGCACAGCUGGUGCUGCCUCUUUAAAUAACAAGAUUUAUCUCCUGGGAGGCUGGAAUGAGAUUGAGAAGAAGUAUAAAAAAUGCAUUCAGGUGUAUAACCCCGAUCUUAAUGAAUGGACUGAGGACGACGAAUUGCCUGAGGCAACAGUUGGUAUAUCAUGUUGUGUCGUCACCAUCCCCACACGCAAAACACGAGAGUCAAGGGCCAGCUCUGUAUCAUCAGCACCAGUUAGUAUAUAAGCAGCGAGGGAGUAGGGGGAAAAUGUAUUUGAGUUGCUAAAUGUAAUAAAAUUUUACAAAUUUUUAUCUUACUGUUUGUUCAAAGCCAACUUUACUCACAGAUGCCAAGAUCAACUAUCUGUUUGUGGCAAUUUCGGACAUUUCAAAAGUUAAAAAUGCAUAAGUUAACGAUCAUUUAUAUAAGCCACUAUGUUAAAAAUUGAAACGAUUUGAAAACAACUAAAGAUGGACGCAUUUUGAAGAUGGUUCGUAGGUUGUGGGAACAGGAAAAUGAAGAGAGAUUUGUGUUGGAGGUAGAUUUAUUGUUUUAUGGAAAAUAGGAAAUGCAUGCAAACAACGUGUAUUGUGAAAUCAAGAGUUUUCAUUGGGAAAUUAUUUUCCAAGUGGGGCCAAUUCUCCGGUUAUGAUUUGGUUAAUCCCUUAAUGUGCAAAAUGAGGUAACCGCAGCAUUGCAAACUGUCCAAAUAUAUUAGACGCGUCCUUUUAAUCAACAAAGAAAUAACCUUUUAAAAAAAUGACUGCAGAUACUUAUUACUGAAUUAUAUUACAGUGAUGCCAUUCUUUUUGCACUGUACACAUGUGAGCAUGUAGUACAUAUUUAUUUAGGAUAGUACACAAUGGAGCAUAGAUUGUACAGGUUGCGUGAGAAAACCAGGUCUUAAAACUGGGGAUGUGAGUAAUAGGUGUUCAUACAACUAUGCAGUUUAUUUGAUCAUGUAAUACACCCACAAAUUGCUGCUAGCUCUUGGAAAAUCAAGCAAGUUCAUUGUAAACUGUAUUUUGUAAACUGAGAGGAUAAAUAAUUGUGAAAAAAAGGUUUGGGCCUGAAUCGUCGAGAAGAAACGUAUAAAUUCGGCUUUGUUUCCUGAUGGUUCAUGAUUUUUAAUAUUCUGGUUAGAAAACACUACAUGAUAGGGAAAUAGACGUGACAACUGAACACAUUUAGUACUUUAGUAAGACACUGCUUAUUUAAGGUAAAUCAAUGAAAAGUAUUCACAAUAUACAUACUGUUGUCAAAUAAUAAAGCUCUGCAUAUUUAUUAAAGCUUCUUUAGAAAUGUU